AUGGACGCCGCAACGAUAGAAGAGACGAAUCGAAUUCGUAUCUCCCUGGGCAUGAAGCCUCUGCCUGUCCCAGGAGCAGAUAAUUCCGCCCAAAACCAGUCCAUGUACGCUGAUGGCGAUGCGCCCAGCACUCUCGAGAGCCGUCAGGCCCAGGCCUACGACAACUACAACAAGGUGAUGGAGGCGGAGAAAGUCAAGAAGAAGCGUGAAGAAAAAGCAGCAGCCGUUCGAAAGGCACGAGAGCUGGCGCAACGCAAUGCACUGCUGGAAGGCAAAGGCUUCGGAGACGCUGAUGAGGGUAGCGAUCUCAGCGCCAAGGAUUGGCUAGUAGGCCAAAAGAAACGACAGAAGAACAUCGCCAAGGUCAGAAAGCUGGAAGAGGAGCUGGCCGCCGCCGAGGCCGAAGCAGCAGCUGCAGUCCAGUAUACCUCCAAGGAUCUUGCAGGCAUCAAAGUUGGACACGACACAUCGGCUUUCCUCGAUGGCGACGACCAGAUCCUUACCCUCAAGGACACAACUAUCGACGAGAACGAGGAAGAGGGCGACGAGCUGGAGAACCUGAACAUGCGCGAGGCCGAGAAACUUGCCGAGAGACUCGAUACCAAGAAGAAGAAACCAGGCUACAACCCCCUCGACGAUGAUGAGGAGGGCGAGCGUGGUAUUUUGUCGCAUUACGAUGAAGAAAUUGACGGCAAAAAGUCAAAGAAGUUCACACUCGACACAAGUGGCGUCAUCGCAGAACUCUCGGAUAUCCUGGAGAAGCCAGUGGACAAGACCAAGAAUGGCCAGAACGUGAGCUUGGACGAUAUUAUUGGUGAUGCCCCUGUUUCUUCAGAUUACAUUGACCCUUCACAAAUCAAAGUCAAGAAGCCCAAAAAGAAGAAGAAUAAGAAGGGCACUAGACAGAAACCCACCGACGACGACGAUUUAUUUCCCAUCGAGACGGAGCCAGCACCCGCCGAAGACACUAUGGACAUUGAUUCAAAAGACACUGCUGUUAAGAAGCGAAAAGCAGUUGAUGACACGUUUGUCGACGAUGACGACCUUCAAGCAACACUAGCGAUACAACGAAAGAAUGCCCUGAAGAAGCGGAAGAAGACUCGACCUGCCGAUAUUGCCAAACUUCUCAGAGAGGAAGAAAAUGACCCAGAGCCUGUGGAACCACAAGAGGGAGGCCUCGUUCUUGGCGAAGUAUCGGAGUUUGUUGCUGGCUUAAGCAAGCCUGGCGAGGAUGAAGAACGUAAGCCCAGAAAACCAAAGAAUAUCUCGAAAUCACCGGAACCUGAUGAGGAUCACCCUAUGGAUGGCGAUGCCCAGGUUGUUGAAGAGGAGAAGCCCCAAUCACCAGUCGUCGGGGAACCGGAAGAGACAGGCGUUGAAGAAGAAAAGGCUGUUGGAGAGGGCAUGGGCGCAGCCCUAGCGCUACUAAGAGAACGUGGUCUUGUGGAAAACACACGGGGCGACUCCGAAUACAGCAGCUUGCGUAACCGAGAGGAUUUCCUCGCCAGUAAACGACUUUUAGAGGAAGAAUUGGACGAACAGGCCCGCAACCAGCGUGAGCGCGAUCGCAUGAGUGGCAAGCUCGACAGGAUGUCACAGCGGGAGCGUGAGGAAAUGGCACGCCAGCAGAACACUUGGCGUGAUCAGCAGCAGUCACGACGAAUGGCUGAGCUCUUCUCGGCCGGAUACAAGCCAAACGUCGAACUCAAGUACACCGACGACGAGGGCCGUCCCCUCGAUACCAAGGAGGCCUUCAAGCAUCUCAGUCACCAGUUCCACGGAAAGGGAAGCGGCAAGGGCAAGACAGAGAAGCGCCUCAAGAAGAUCGAGGACGAGAAGCGACGCGAAGCCCAGAGCAUGUUUGACGCAUCCCAGUCUGCCGGUAUGAGCCUGGCGGCUCAGCAGCAACUCAAAAAGCGUCGGGAAGCUGGUGUACGACUUGCAUAA